UAUCUCGACUACGAAGACGCCAAGACCAUUCCUCAUAUUCCAGCACUACCGCUUUCCUAUGGCCAAGCGAAGCACAUUCUGGCAUCACUGGGCGGAAUGAAAGCUCCAGCGGCUUGGCAAGGAGGGCUGAGCUUCCCUGAGGGCUAUCGCAUUGGCGACGACGCUAAUACCGUCGUCAAUCUCGAUAUUGAGAUGGAUAACAAGGUCAGUCCUAUCUGGGACGUCAUCGGGACGAUCGAAGGCGCAGAGGAACCGGACAAGCAGGUGAUUCUGGGCAACCACCGUGACGCCUGGGUCUGUGGAGCGAUCGAUCCGAGUAGCGGGUCGUCGGUGCUGUUAGAGAUUGCUCGAGGCUUGGGCGAGCUGCUGAAACAAGGUUGGAAGCCUCGACGCUCGAUCGUUCUCGGCUCGUGGGAUGGCGAGGAGCCUGGUCUGCUGGGCAGCACAGAGUACGCGGAGGACAACACCGAAGCUCUAACCAAGCAGGCUGUUGCCUAUCUGAACGUCGACUCGACUAUUGGACCGUUGGUGUAUGCGGCAUCGAGUCCGUCCAUCGCUGCGUUCCUCUUCAACACCGCGAAAGAUUUACCAGCCAACCAGUUUUACGGGAACGAGACGGAGUCGACACUAUACGAGCAAUGGGUCGCUCAGACUGAAGUGAAGCGUGCACAACUCAACGGUGCGGACGACGGAACUCUGGGACCGGAUCAUCUGAUCAAGCUGUUGGGCUCGGGCUCGGACUACUCGGCGUUUUAUCAGCACCUCGGUAUCAUUUCGGUCGACAUGGGCUUUGCGAUCUCCAACCACGCGCAGUAUGGCGUGUACCACAGCUCCAUGGACAGUCUGAUGUACGCUGAGCUGUACGGAGAUCCGAACUACUCCACUCACGUCUCGACUGCUCGUUGGUGGGGGCUGCUGGGUCUUCGUCUAGCGGAUAACCGAGUUCUUCCUUUCGACUACACGACGUACGCUGUCGUUAUGAAGGAAGACCUCGCUCGACUUGAAGAGAAGAUCACUGGCGUCGACUUUGCUGCGCUUCACGAAGCCAUCGACCGCUUUAGUGGCAGUGCAACCGAUUUUCACUCGAAACUCGCCGCCUUUGAGACAAACUCGACUGCUGAGCUCGAUGAAAGUGUUCUCCGAGUGUGGAACGAGAAACUUGUGCAGCUGGAGCGCCAUUUCAUCGCCGAAGCUGGCCUCCCUCACCGACCAUGGUACAGACACGUGAUCUUCGGCCCAGGAUUCUACGAGGGCUACGCUGGAGCAGCUUUCCCCGGCAUCUCUGACUGCGUGGCUUUCAAGGACAACGCGACUACGAUCCAGGAGCACGUUGAUGAAGUGGCUCGGAUCGUCAACAACGCCGCUGAAUGGUUACUAAAGGGUUAG